UUUUCAUGCAUAAUACUAAAUAUUUAGUUUUAUUAGUAUAAACUAAAGUUAAAUAAUUCCUAAAAAUAUUGAUUCGAUUUAAUUAGUACUGAUUUAUAUAUGGUACUUGGUCAUUUGUGAAGGAUACAUAACAUGGCUAAUAUGCCAAAGGAAAAAACGGAAAUACUGAAAAAUGAAGAAGAAUUGCAAAUGAAAUAUGAGGAAAACAACAAAAUUACCAGAAAAUUUAUGGAAGAAAUCAAUGAAAUGAAAAGUAAGAUGGUAGAUUAUAAUAAACAAAAUACACAAGACAUAAAACACAAAUCAAAACCAAUUAGAUCAUCAGAAUUCAAUACUUUUAUGAAAAUUAUUGACAAUGGUGAUACAAUUGAAGAAUACAAAACAGUAUCAAGUAAAGAAACUACCAUAAAAAAUUAUGUUUUACAAAAAGAAAUUGACCGUUUAAACAGUGAUCUAUUGAAAAAGGAAGAUAUGAAUGAUCACUUACAAGAUGAAAAUAAAAAAUUAACUGAAGAAAAAGAUAAAUAUAUAUAUCAAUUAUCAUUGCUCAAAGAAAAAAUAAGAAAACAUGAUAGAGAAGUAGAAAUGUUAACAGGAACACUUAAAACUAGAGAUUCUGAGCUAAAUAGGUUAAUAAAAGACAUGGGAGGUAUCGAGAAAAAGUUUAAACAUGAACAAAUCGUAUUUGAAAAACAAAGAUCAAUUUUUAUCAAAACUGCAGAUGAGAAUAAACAGCUUAAAGAAACAUUAAAAAAGCUAGAGACAGUACACAAGGAAACAGAAGACAAGUAUGUAAAAAUGUUAACAAAAAAUGAUGAUGCACUGGCAAAAUGUAACAGAGAAAAAGAAGUACUAAUCUCAGGAUUCAGAAAACAACUGGAAUUAAUAGAUUCGUUGAAGAGACAAAAUGUUAAAAUUAAGUUACAAGAAGAAAUUAAUAUUUUAGAAAAUGAGUUUAGUAAACUUUUAGAGGGUAAAUAAUAAUAUAACGAUCUUUAGUUAAUUCAAAU